AUGGUGCGCCCCUUCCUUUUCCUUGUGGUCCUUGCACUUCUCGCAUGCCACGUCCCCGCUCAAGCCCAGGACUCUUGCUACUCCUGCAAAAACCAGGAGAAAUGCGAUCAGACAUGCCAGGACUGCGGCGGUAAAGCCGACCCGCGAGGCAUACGUAGCCUCAUCAAGAACGACAUGUGCAAACGAUGCGCUCAUUGCACAGGCGAAGAAGAGCCCUACACCGACACCCAAGAUAAAACCAGGCUCCGCUGCGAAGAGAAGGUGGAUGCCGACACUGGUGAGGACAAGUGCGGCGACGAGGACCACCACCCGUUGUACGACACGACCACCAAUGAGGGCUUUUGCUGCCCCGUGGGAGUGGAACGAUAUGAGAACGCCAAAUGCAAGAGCGAGAGCCCUGAUGAUCCUGAUGACCCCGACGAUGACCACCACUGCGGCGACAAGGUCUGCCCGGAAGACCACCAUGACCUCGGCUUCGAGUACGGAUCCUGCUGCAAGAUCAAAGAUAUAAUAUUGAAGAGUUUCGACGCCAAUUAG